AUGAUGGCCGAAUCGGAUGCAACUGUUGAAGCCACUAGAAGAUUAAAUGUAAAAAAACAAACCUUGGAUGAUGCAUACGCAGCCCCAGCAAAUUUUUUAGAAAUCGAUGUCGUUAAUCCAGUUACCACAAUAGGUGUUGGAAAAAAGAGGUUUACAGAUUAUGAAGUUAAAAUGAGAACCAAUUUGCCUGUUUUUAAAGUCAAAGAAUCCAGUGUUAGAAGAAGGUAUAGUGAUUUUGAAUGGCUCAGAAACGAAUUAGAAAGGGAUAGCAAAAUUGUGGUGCCUCCUCUUCCUGGCAAAGCAUGGAAAAAACAGCUACCAUUCCGUGGAGAUGAUGGUAUUUUCGAGGAAAAUUUUAUCGAAGAAAGGCGAAAAGGAUUAGAAGUUUUUAUUAAUAAAAUUGCCGGACAUCCAUUGGCUCAGAAUGAAAGGUGCUUGCAUAUGUUUCUGCAGGAGCCCCAAAUCGACAAAAAUUACGUUCCAGGUAAAAUUCGUAACACGUAA